CCAGUCCGCCUUCGCCUCCCAGAUAAGCCUUCCCCCACUCUCCGGCGAACUGAGAGAUCCGUCUCAGAGAUAUUCUUCCACCGGGAAACUCCAUACCGUAAUCUUCCGCUGUCGUCUGAUUUCUGUGACAUCAGAUCCAUCUUUUGCUUCCUUUUUGACCCUUCCUUUGCUGGUUUGAUCAAAAGAGGCCACUUUUUUAGCUAGACAUCUUUCUUGAUCUCUUUCCUUCGGAGAUCCUUCGCCUUUUCCUGUUGCUCCGUUCACAGCCAGUGGGGUUUUUUUCCGAUCUGUCCUUUGUACUAUAUCUUUCCAGCUUCUUUUCCACCUCAGUAGGCCGUUCUUUUGGCUAAAAGCUUCGGCUUUGCUUUGCGCAAAGGCAUGGCGACAGCUAUGGAUGUGUACUGCGGCACACCAGCUUUCUCGUCAUCCGAUCCUCUGAGGGAAGCACUUGAACCUUUUAUUAAUGGUGCUCCCGCCUCCACUUUCUCCUCUUCAUCAAGCUCGGCCUCCCCUGAGCCUCUCUGCUUUCCUUCCUUUUCUUCCCCCUUUUCCUCUUUCCUGCACCAAAAUCCCAUCUUUGUUCCCUCCUUGCCUUUGUCGUCGAGCCCCGAAAUGCUUCCGCUACGGUUGAUGGAUCAGAACGGCCGUGGCGUCGAUCGCCUCUCUCCUGCUGAAAUCCGAGCUCAGUUGCAAUACCAACAGCAGCUUAUGGCGGCAUCCUCCCACCGCCGGAGCCCGAGGAACGGGAACCUCCUAGCUCCGCAGCCUCAGCCCAUGAAGCGCUCCGGGUCGCCGCCAUCGCCUCCGAAGCCUAACAAGCUCUUCCGCGGCGUCCGGCAACGGCACUGGGGCAAAUGGGUCGCGGAAAUCCGCCUUCCCCGCAACCGCACCCGCCUCUGGCUUGGGACCUUCGACACCGCCGAGAAGGCCGCCCUGGCCUACGACAGGGCCGCCUUCAUGCUCCGCGGCGACGCCGCAAGGCUCAACUUCCCAGAGCUGCGGCGCAACGGGGCGCAUAUGGGAUCGCCACUCCACUCCUCGGUAGACGCCAAGCUGCAGGCCAUCUGCGACACCUUAUCGAAUCCGGAGAAACAGGGGAGUGCUCCGCUCAUUUCGGCGGCAACGGAGGAAGCAGGCACGAACGGUGAAUUCGGUACCUCCGGUUUGGAGGAUACCAAGUCCGACAUCUCCUCCUCGUUGGAGGAGGACGAGUCCUCCUCCUCGGGCUCGUCGGCUGUGUCCGCGAUGCAGUACUUGGACUUCACCGAGGCGCCAUGGGACGAAUCCGACAGCUUUGUGCUGCGAAAGUAUCCGUCGUGGGAGAUCGACUGGGAUUCCGUUCUCUCCUCGGAUUAGUAGUUUGCAGGAUCCAUUGUCAUCAUAGCCUUAGUUUAGAUUCUGGUUCGGUGCUUGUCGUGGCUGCUGCAAAUGGGGUUUUAGACAUUUGCAUGGCCAUGGCUGUGCCUUCUUGCUCCUAUAACCAUCAGCAAUCGAAGCAGUUUGUGUUGUACGUACAUCAAUCUCCUGGUUUGCUGAUUUUUUCUAGCACAACCAGGUAAUUCUCA